AUGGUCACCAAAAUUGCCCUCAAGUUGGUGUCUCGAUUGUUAGCACCAAAGCAGGCGAUCAAGAAACUCCCCCCCACACUCGAGCUCCCCGCCGACACCCUCGUCGAAGAUGUGAAGGUCCUUAUUGCCCGCCAGGUGGGCAUCAAGGACCAUAACCAGAUUGGUCUUUUCGACCCUGUCACCAAGAAGACGUUGAAGGACCGCAAGGCCCAGAUUGGCUCGGAGGAGAAUGUGGUCUCGUCCGGUAGCCUCAUUGUCAAGAAUUUGGGCAUGCAGAUCGCGUGGCAGACCGUCUUCGUCGUGGAGUACUUCGGUCCCCUUCUCUUCCAUGCCGCCGUCAUUGCCCUUCGCCCGUACCUCUACCGCGACGCAGCGUCGAAGCCCCUGACACAGACGCAGUGGCUUGGCUUCGCCAUGUUCAUGGGCCACUUCCUCAAGCGUGAAUGGGAAACGCUCUUCGUCCACAAGUUCUCUGCGUCGACCAUGCCUGCGCGCAACAUUUUCAAAAACUCGUUCUUCUAUUGGGUCUUUUCCGGCGCUCUCUGCGCAACCUCGCCGGCCUGCGCACGCGGGGCGGUACGGAGAGGAAAGAUCCCUCGCGGCUACGGCUUCUCGCUGGUCACCUGCCCCAAUUACAUGUUCGAGAUCACCGCAUGGAUCGGCGUCAUCAUUGCUUGCCGCAGUGCAAGCGCCGCGCUGUUCAUCGCGAUCGGUGCCGCGCAAAUGUCGGCUUGGGCCAAGGGCAAGGAGAGGGCGUACCGGAAGGAAUUCCCUGAGACAUACAAGAAGAAGAAGUUUGUGCUGCUGCCCGGCAUCUACUAG